UCGCAGUUUGCAGCCCAGUCCGACUGCAGGCACGAAAACACUCUCCAUCUUGACAGCAUCGGACGACCAAUUAAACCCAGCGAGCUUAUCAUACUUGCUUCGGAUUGGCAAACACACUCAUUUCUUUUCUUUUUUCCCCCCUCAGCCUGUCCUUAAAUAGGAACUUGGCAGGUGGACAAGAAAACUGCACAGCUCAUUUCCAGCCCGCUCGAGCCACAGGCGUUUUUUGGACAAUACUGUUCAUAAUCCAAAAAGAAAAACAGGACCAUGUCCGGCUUCAAUCGCUCUUUCACCCUCCUGAGGGCUGCUAUGAGACACCAGCUCAUCCCAAAAGCCAACAUCACAGCUAAACCAGCUAAACAUGCGCUUUCCGCUGGGGAGCAAGUGAUUGCAUUGUCGGUCAUGUUUGUGACCAUCCUGGGCCCGUCCGGCUGGAUCCUGUCUCACCUGGAGGACUACAAGCACCGUCCAGGAGCAGCACAAGAAUAAAAAAUGAGCAUUCCCUCCUUAAGAAGACUAUUUAAACCUCUGAAUGUUUGAAUAAAUGAAUGUACUUGAACUGGUCUGUAUCCAUUAAAAUAUUUCUCUUUAAACAGACAA